AUGGUAUCAUUCACUCCCGCAAACGACAUCCCAUCGCUCUCAGGGAAGGUGAUUCUUGUCACGGGCAGCAACACCGGCUUAGGCAAACAAUCCAUCAUCGAUCUGGCCCGGCACAAUCCUUCUCAGAUUUGGCUAGCAGCGCGCAGCCUCGAAAAGGCUCAGGGAGCCAUCACGGACAUUAAGGCACAGGUUCCAACAGCCCCAAUCCAUCCUCUGCAACUCGAUCUGGCUUCUCUAGACUCCGUCAAGGCGGCAGCCAAAACAUUUCUUAACUCCGCAACACGCCUGGACAUCUUAAUGCUCAAUGCCGGGAUCAUGGCAACUCCCCCGGGCACCACCAAAGACGGCUACGAAAUUCAAUUUGGGACGAACCACGUUGGACAUGCUCUCCUCACGAAGCUGCUAAUGCCUCUUCUACUCCAGACUGCCGAGGGAGCUAGUUCUGACGUCCGCGUUGUCGUUCUCAGCUCGACAGUCCACGCUCAGGCACCAGAAGGUGGUGUCCAAUUCAACACAUUGAAGACACGGGCCGACGCCAUGGAGACCUGGACUCGUUAUGGACAGAGCAAACUUGCCAACGUACUCUUCGGUCGGGAGUUGGCGAAGCGAUAUCCCCAGAUAAAAGUUGUGUCAGUUCACCCGGGAAUCGUCAACACGAACUUGACCGACUCGUACAUGGACUCCAGUAUGCUGCGUCGCACUAUUCGUCCCUUUUUCAUGCCUCUGGUAAAGAUGGUUUUGACGAGCGUGGAAGAUGGCGUCAAGAACCAGCUGUGGGCAGCCACUUCGAAGGACAUUGUUAGUGGAGAGUACUACGAGCCCGUGGGCAAGGCUGGCAAGGCGAGCGGCUACGCUAAAGACGAAGGAUUGGCAAGGAAACUCUGGGACUGGACCGAGAAGCAGUUUCAGGAAUGA